UAUAGUGAAUGCAGGGUCCAGGAGACCAGAUAUAGUGAAUGCAGGGUCCGGGGAGACCAGAUAUAGUGAAUGCAGGGUCCGUGGAGACCGGAUAUAGUGAUUGCGGGGUCCGGGGAGAGUGGAUAUAGUGAAUGCAGGGUCCGGGGAGAGCGGAUAUAGUGAAUGCAGGGUCCGGGGAGACCAGAUAUAGUGAAUGCAGGGUCCGGGGAGACCGGAUAUAGCGAAUGCAGGGUCCGGGGAGACCAGAUAUAGUGAAUGCAGGGUCUGGGGAGACCAGAUAUAGUGAAUGCAGGGGUCCGGGGAGACCAGAUAUAGUGAAUGCGGGUCUGGGGAGACCAGAUAUAGUGAAUGCAGGGUCCGGGGAGACCAGAUAUAGUGAAUGCAGGGUCCGGGAGACCAGAUAUAGUGAAUGCAGGGUCCGGGGAGACCGGAUAUAGUGAAUGCGGGGUCCGGGGAGACCGGAUAUAGUGAAUGCAGGGUCC